UGUAUUACUAUUGCAUUUAAAGGAAGUGAUGUUCUUCAAGAGAGGUAGUUUAGUUCUACCAUUUCUAUAUUGUUGUAUUUUGUUCCAGUGUAUACAUGGCUCCUACUAAUCGUAAGAGGGUAAUGGCUAACACUACUGAUAUCAACAAUGAUGAGUUGCAGUCCAUGCCGGAUGAUGGUCAAUGUUCUGCCACUUCCGUUAAAAGGCGUGGACCCUCAACAAACAAGGCAUUGGAGGAUGUGUUGGAUAAAAAUAAGAGGCAGCCAUUAGAAGUUACAUUUAAAGAAGGACAUUUGCAGCCUGUAGGUAAGAACGCAAAACUUUGGAAGGCUGAAAUUGGAGUAGAAACAAGACGUUUUCCAGCUAUUUACCCCCGAUAUGAUAAGAUACCACCUGAAAAUAAGGAUGUUGUGUAUUAUAGAUUAAAGGUAAUACUUUCAUUCGUACAAAACUACUCUCAUUCCAAUCUCUUUUGCUAAUUUCAAUAGUUAGUAGUUAAUUGACAAUGUUUAAUUUGAUAUGUUUUCCAGGUAGUAACUUACGUUUCGCUAAAUAUAUGUUUUUCCUUUACAAAUUACCAAAGUCUAACUAAUAGAUAAUACUUUUUCUUAUCUAUUUGGAUAACUAAAUUUAUUGUUCUAUUU